UGGAGAAGACAGCACAAUCUCUCUGUUGUAAAAGGUCAGCUAUACCUUUCCUCCCGGGUCUGACCAAGUUCCCUCUCCACAGCUGAGUCAGCUUUACUUCAAAGGGAGGAGGACUUUGCUGCCUAUGCAUGGGUCUCUGGGGACAGAUGGAGGCUGUGGGUUACUCACUAUGCAGGAUCUGGCUGCUUUUCUUGCUGUUCUGUCUGGGACAAGGGAGGCAGAUGGCUCCCCCAGGUUUUGUAGAGAGCAGUUGCCGCUCCAGGAUUUUUUGGAUGAAACUGAAUAAACUCUUGCUCCAGGGAAAGUUCUUCCAGCUGGAAAUCAAUGAUCCUUAUGCUGGCCCCCUUCUGCUGGAUGAGAAACUAGCAUCUCGCUGUGGCUACGUCCUGUCAGAAGAUGCGUGGGGCAACCCCGUCUUCCGUGCGUCGGCGCUUGGCUGCCACGUGACCAACGAGGCAGAUGAGUUGUUUUCACUGACUGUGAAUAUCAAAGUCUCCUCAUUUUCAAGCAUGAGGGCAGCUGUGACCUACACCUACCCUAUGUACUGCUCCUACUCUUCCUGGGCUUCAAGAGAAAUUGUGUGUGAAGAAAACUACAUGGAGGUGUCAGUGAAGACCGAUGUCCCUGCAGUUUCAAAUGACUACACUGUAGCGUGGAUGUCAGCACUGCCAGAGACUCAAAAUGUUGCAUACCAGCUAUGGCAACUGAUGUUUGUUUCUCCAUCAGGGAGAAAGAGAAUAACGGUAAGCGAUGCAGCAAAACUAGGCUACAGCUUCAAUAAUACGCUGUCCCGAGUGUACCUGCGUGCACCCUACCACAGCAACGAGUCUGACUUCAGCGUGGUCAGUGGUGUAAAUAUGAACAUGGUCACUUCCACUUCCAUGUACAGGCAGCGGUGGCUGCUUUUGCUGAUUGACACAACUGUCUCCUGUCCUGUUGAUGGCAUCAGUUUCACUGAUACUACACUAACAUGGACGGUGCCAAGCAUUAUUCCCACAUUAGUGGUUCAAGAAUCCACCUUUCUGUCUAAAACCAUCUUAAUGGGAGUCAAUGGCCGAGUGGUAGUAAACCCAGAGGAGAAGAACUACUUACUGGAGCACAACAAGACACACAUCGAAAUAACUAUCCCUAUUGGAGCAGAAGGAGGCAAGCUGAAGAGCUCCAUAUCUGGUGGUGUAUAUGGAGUCAUUUACAGUAUUGACUUGUUCUUGGAGCACACAUGGACAGAUGCAGAUUGGCAAACCACGAAGUACACUGUCGUCAAAUCCAUCACCACACCUUUCAUGCCACAGAUACCAACUGUUAUCAACAAUACCCUGCCAGAGGAAAGGCUAUUUAAUGUUGCAUUUGGACACUUUCUUCCCGAUGUCUCUCUGGUGGCAAUCGCAAUAGGAAAUGUGCCAUUUACCCCGAGAGAAGCACAGCACCAUGGGUUUAAGAUUUAUGAAACUCCCUUUUCUAAUGGAAUGAAAGAAUUUAUCCUGGAAGUCUCUUUUGAUGAUCUAUAUGUUCUAAAGGAGUAUGUGAAUAGAAAUGAAACAAAAUACACCCUCCUUGUUAACUACACUAUAAGCGUGGGUCCGGAGAUGACACUCUAUUAUCAUUCUGCAGAGGUGGAGUGUGUGGUUGCUGAUAUCGAACUACCAGAAGCAGUUGGUUACUGUGAUGAAGAAAACCUGUAUCUAGCCAUCCCUCUUUUUGGCUUGCACCAGUAUUGGAACCUGUAUCUUGGUGACAAGCUCCUAAACCGACACGUUGCACUUAUCAAUGGGUAUCUUGCAGCUACCAACUCUACCCACCUGAUCUUGCAAAUACCUCUGUUUGCUGUGGGAGUUAUCUACGAGUAUUACACGUAUUGGGAAGCCUCCAGAGGGAACAGCUCUAAGCCAGUGCAAGUAGGACAAGCGGUAUCGGACAUGGACCCUUCUGUAUGCCACCCAGAUGGUACCAUAAUGAUAUCUGCCCAAAUGAAGACAGUUCCUGCCAUUGAUAUGAGUAAAACCAAACUAAGGGAUAGCUCUUGCAAGCCUAGAGAGUAUAAUGAAGGACAUGCCUUCUUCAAGUUCCAUGUCACUACCUGUGGCACUUCAGUAAGGUUUGAAGGUGAUCAUAUUAUUUAUGAAAAUGAAAUCUCUUAUGAGAAAGAGACUCUUCCAGGACAGAGCAUACCGACAAUCACAAGAGAUCCAGACUACAGACUAACAGUCUUGUGCUACUAUCGAGCAAAAGAGACCCUAGUGCUAGGUGCCUUUGCUAGUGAUCCAUCCACAUCACCUCCCUUUGGCUCCGGUACGAUGGUACCAAGACCAAAUAUUGCAGAUGAAUCUUUCAUGGAAUUCUAUGAGCCAAACAUGGCAAUACUCAAGCGACCUGUGGAGCCUGUGUUUCUUGAGGUGGAGCUGAAAGAUGAGAGCCCCGACAUUGAGUUAUACCUGGAAAACUGCUGGGUAACCAGGUCUCUAGACUUCAACAGCACCCCAAGAUGGAACAUCACUGUGGAUGGGUGUGAGAUUAAUGGCAGUGAGUAUGUUGCAGAGUUCUGUCCAGUAGCUGUUAGCCCCAGGGUGAGACAUCCUUCUCAUUUUAAAAGGCUGGCAGUAAGGACCCUGGCACAUCGACUGGAACAGGCUUUCAGGAACCACUCUGGUCAUACCACUAUGGUUGAACAAGCCUUCACUAUUCAGCCAAUGUGGAGCAAAGGAAUUAGGAAGGUGCGAGAGACAUGUUAA